AUGCCAGUCAGCCAAGAUUUAGAAGAAAAGGUGAAGAGCAUGUUCGGAUUUGUUCCAAACAGUUUAGCCGAAAUGUGCAAAGACCCCUUCACCAUUCAAGUCUAUCUUCAAGGAAUUAAUUUAAAAAAGGAACAUGCCACUCUCACUUUCAUUCAACGACACAUUGUUGAAUAUAUUACAUCGGCACUCAACGGAGAUGAAUAUUGUAUACAAAUGCAUGCGAAAUUUCUCAAAACAAAGGCUGGUUUUACCGUUGAUGAAUUAAACGAGAUGAAAUAUGGAGGCUUGCCAAGCGCAACCUCUCAUCCCGAUGUCAUUCCGAUCAUCAAAUUGGUUCGUACGGUGAUCAAUAAGAAGGGAAAAUUAACGAAUGAAGAUAUUUUGCAAUUUGAAAAUAUGAAAAUUACUCGGGAUCAAAUGUAUGAAGUCAUCACUUCGAUUCACUUGAAGAGUAUUCAGAAUUAUGUGAAUAAUUUAUCGAAUCCAUUGUUGGAUGAACGUUUUGCUGACAAUUCAUCACAAAUUCAAACACAAUCUUCCUCUUCUCAACAACGAAAAUAA